CCUCCUCGUGCCCGCCCACAGUCCUCCCUCGGGUCGGCCGAGAGUCUCUGCCUUUCCCUUCCUGACCCCUAUCCCUUCCUUCCCUCUCCCUCCCCCCUUUCCCUGCUGCCGCCGCGGCUGUCGCCUUUGCCUCGGGAGGAGCUCGUCCGUCUCGGCGAUGGGUUCUCGGGCCUCCACGUUAUUGCGGGACGAAGAACUCGAGGAGAUAAAAAAAGAAACCGGCUUCUCCCACAGUCAAAUCACCCGUCUCUACAGCCGGUUUACCAGCCUGGACAAAGGAGAGAAUGGUACUCUCAGCCGGGAAGACUUCCAGCGGAUUCCAGAGCUUGCCAUCAACCCCCUGGGGGAUCGGAUCAUCAAUGCCUUCUUCCCUGAGGGAGAGGACCAGGUAAACUUCCGUGGAUUCAUGAGGACUUUGGCUCACUUUCGACCAAUCGAAGAUAAUGAAAAAAGCAAAGAUGUGAAUGGACCAGAACCACUCAACAGCCGGAGCAAUAAACUACACUUUGCCUUUCGAUUGUAUGACUUGGAUAAAGAUGACAAGAUUUCUCGAGAUGAAUUGUUACAGGUACUACGUAUGAUGGUUGGAGUGAAUAUUUCAGAUGAGCAGCUGGGCAGCAUCGCAGAUAGGACAAUCCAAGAAGCUGACCAGGACGGAGACAGUGCCAUAUCCUUUACAGAGUUUGUCAAGGUUUUGGAGAAGGUGGACGUAGAGCAGAAGAUGAGCAUUCGAUUUCUUCACUAAUAGAUUGGGACCAAAUUGUUCCUGUCUUGCAUUUAAGAAGUGGAACUUGAGUUUUUCCUCCCUGUCCCUUCAGAGCCCCUUCUCUCCCCAAGUGCUGCUGCUGUUGCAUGACAAACCCUGCCCUGUUUGUGCCAGCACACAUUUGCCAGCCUUGGUUUUAGAAGCAGGGCACUAAGGAAUGAAUGGUACACCUGGGCUGUCCUGCUCUCUUCGGUUUCUCCCUCUACAAAUUUCCAUUUAUCGAUAUUGCCUUUCCUUUUUGUGUUAUUGUCAGCUAUAAAUCCAUCAUUCUAAAAAAGGGAGGGAGGGAAGCACUCCCACCAUCCCCCAUCCCCAAAGAGCCAGCAAAGCCCCUUUCCUAGAUAGAGAUCGGAGCCAUACAUAUGUUCUAGUCAGUUUUUAGCAUGCCUCCUCAACUUUCUUUAAUGUCUCCACCUGCACGAUUGUAACUGCACAGCCAAUCUUUCAGUCUCAAAUUUCCUUUUUAUUGAGUCUCACUCUCCCUUGUUCUUUCUUCCCUAUUCUAUACCCUAUUUCCUUUCCUAUACCUAUCACAUUCACACAUUUGUCAGGGCUUAUAAAGUUGGUGAGGUGGCUUAAUGGUUUUUAACCUCCUUCCACUCAACUGGGACUCCUAAAACAUUGCCUCUCCAGGAGUUUUUGGGUACCUACCACUCCUCUUUGAAGAAUAGGAACACAUCCUUGGACUCCUUACACUCUAUGUUGUAAUUGAAAGACUGCAGGAUGGAGGCAUUCUUCCUGAAAGUGAGUGGCCAAAGUGGUCAAGCUCUCUGGGUGUGCUCACGUAGGUCACCUCACCUCUGAUCUCUGACCUGCAUGAUUACUCUUGUUAGUACAGUAUUUACCCUUCAGAAACUGGCCAUCCACAUGGAAGCAUGCUUGAUUUCUGGGCAGGUAUUAACUGAGAAGGCAUCUGUAGAAGUAAGUGAGAUUUCUCAUGGCUCCUUGGAAAUGGAGGCAGGCUUAGUGUCCUCUGAGAUCUUUGGUAUUGACACCUACAGCAUGGUUUAUACUUCAAUAUUAUUACACUUAAGUAUCAUAGACUUUGAGUGUCCAAGUAAACAGACUAGUGUUAAGGAAGUGCCUAACUUAUCCUAGACCAAGAGAUUUUAAGAUUGUUCUCAGUAUCUUGAAGUUUUGCACACAAAUUCUCUUUAAAAUUGACAUUUGCAAAUGAUUAUGCUGGAAUUCAUUACCAGCUCAUGUUACAGGUUCAAAGAGAUGAAUGUAUUGCAAAGUUAGCCUUCUGGUUAACUAGCUUUCUAGCUCCUCAUAUAUACUGCAGCUGAUUGUUCAGGAUCGAGGGCUCUGGCAUCAAUCACACAUGCCGAAAUGGGUUUGCAGGCCCUUGAAAAAAGCCAGAGCAACUUCCCUGCCAAAGUCAGCUUAAUUGAGACUUCCCUGAAUUGGACUGUGCCAUGCUGUUGUAUGAGUUGAUUCAUUUCUGUAUCUGCCCUGAACUGGCUUUUUCCUGGCUCCUUGCUUGCUUAUUUGCAACAGAAGACUAAUCUAAGGUGUGCAUAGGAUUCUUUGGUAAGGUACCUUGCUGACCUAUCCUGAAUCAGAAUGCCAGCUGAAAAAGUAAGGUAGAGUAAGAAAGGGGUCAGGGUGGGGCAGUGUAAAUGCAAAUUGCCAGUGAUUUUCUCAUGAGGGAAUGAACCUAAUUUACUACUCAGAUGAUGUAAUAUAGGAAUUGUAUAAAAGGGAAGAAUUGUCCAAUGUGAUCUGUUAGAGAGGUACUUAAGUGGCUUUGUGACUUGCAUAUUUAAGGUUCUUAAGGAAAAAAAAAAUGCAUUUUCCCCCAUUGGCUGUAUAGCAAACUGUUUUAAUCCACGGUUGUGCCUUACUGUUCCAUUAAAAAAUUGUACUCUUCAAUCCAUCAAUAAAUACUUGUGGUUAAAACAAAUAAAAA